AUGCAGAAUAGAACAACGGUAACAGAGUUCAUUCUCCUUGGUGUAUCAGACACCCAUGACCUUAACGGCUUCCUCUUCGGUCUCUUCCUUCUCAUGUACAUAGCAGACAUCUCUGGAAAUUUGGCAGUAGCCGCGAUCACGCUUUGGGACCCGCAUCUCCAGACACCCAUGUAUUUUUUCAUUGGCAAUCUCUCUUUCAUCGAUGUCUUCUAUUCUUCUACCACGGUACCCAAGAUGUUCCUGGGACUGGUCUCCCACAGCAACCGUAUCCCUUACGGAGGGUGCAUUGCCCAGAUGUUCUUCUUCCAUUUCCUUGGCAGCACUGAAGCCAUGCUGUUGGCAGUCAUGGGUUACUACGACCGCUACCUGGCUGUCUGCCACCCUCUCCGCUACCCUCUUCUGAUGAGUCGCCAGCUCCGGUUGACCUUGGCAGCCUCGGUGUGGACCGCUGGAUUCUUCCACUCGCUUCUCCACGCUCUCAUGAUGUCUCGCCUCUCCUUCUGUCAAGACAACCAGGUGGCACAUUUUUUCUGCGACAUCGCUCCACUGCUGGCCCUGUCGUGCUCUGACACCCAUAUCAACCAGGCCUUACUAGCUGGGGUCACUGGCUCCAUCAUCUUGGGUUGCUUCACCUUUACUCUGGCAUCCUAUGGCUACAUCUUGCGAGCAGUGGUGGCCAUGCGCUCAGCAGAAGGCCUCCGUCGGGCCUUCCGCACCUGUGGGGCUCACCUCACCGUGGUGGCACUGCACUAUGGCUGCGCUGGGGCCAUGUACCUGCGGCCCCGCUCAGAAGGUUCGCUAGGAACUGACAGGGCUGUGACAGUGCUGUAUACAGCAGUCACGCCUGUCCUCAACCCGCUCAUUUACACCCUACGCAACAAAGAGGUCAAGACUGCUUUGAGAUGGGUUUUGGCAAAAAAGGUGUGUGUGCUACAAAGUUGA